AUUGACAUUUCAUAUGACAGUGACAACGAUGAAGUUGAGGAAACAAAUUAUCCCUUUUAUUUUUCUGUUUCAUGGCUGUUUAUCGAAUUCUAUUCAAGACAUAACCACAUCUGCUUUUGGAACAGUGGUCCAAGGAAAGUUAGCAGCCUUUGGGGACUUUAAUGCUGAUAAACAUACAGAUAUAUUCACUUUGUCAGAUGAUGGUAAAACCCUCAAACUGUUUUCUGCUACCUCUGAUAGAACUUCAUCUGAAUUUAAAUUUGAGGAGAAAGUGUUACUCAAAACUACAACAGAUGCUGUGAUAACAAAUGUGGUGCCAGCAGAUUUCAAUGGAGAUACACAAAUGGACUUGUUUAUAACAACACAGAGUGUCCAUGCUUCAUCUCUUUCAGUGAAUGGGUGUGUGUAUUGGGGGUCCCUUAGUAAAGGAAGUAUAGAUGAAAAUGAUAAACUUUGCAUCAAUGGUGAACUCAAGGACCAACCUUUUGUUCUAGAUGUCAAUGGAGACAUGAUCCCUGAUCUAGUUGGAGAGAAAUCCCAGGGUUCACGAUUUUACUGGAUCUUUCAUCAGAAUAUGAAGAAUUACACAGAAGAGGCUGUUCCUGGAAACCCCCCUCCAUUAUCCCACCCAACAGCGGGGGCAUUUGUUGACCUUGAUAAUAAUUUAGUGGCAGAUCUUUGUGUGAUGUCAGAGAUGGGUGGUAAAAGGCAGCUGGAAGUGUGGAUGAAUAAGAAUGGCCAUUUAGACUGGACUAAAAACAUAUCAAUGGAUAUUUUUGCCAAAAAAAUUAUAGGACAACCAGUUUUUGCUGAUCUUGGGAAUCAAGACUCCCACAUAGACACAGUGCUGCCUGUGUGUGAUGAUGAUAUGUGUGCCAAGAGCUCGAUCUAUUAUUUUGCUGAAACAUGGGAAAAGAUGCCAGUAACUUUCAAGGCCGGGAACCAGGAGUGGGGCUUUGUUCCUCCCAGUAAGGGUGUUGAUAGAGCCCCCAUUACCCUAAGGACAGGGGAUUUUAACUUGGAUGGAUUUCAGGAUAUGUUGGCCGUUUUAAAGACUCCAAAUAACAAAGGAGGGAACAUCACCAAGGCUUAUAUCCUACAGAAUGUGCCCUGUUCUGGUGCUGGCUGUAAUGGUCUGGGUAGGACAUUCAGCAUCAGAUGGGACUUGUCACUACAGCCUAACACAGAUCUAGCGGUGUACCCAGCAUUCUUUGAUUACAAAGAAAAUGGUAUCUUGGAUGUUGUUUUGACAAGUUACAGCUCAGACAAGAAAUAUCACACACAUUUACUGGAGCAAGACUUCUCAGAAGAUGCUAAUUUCCUUAAAAUCAUGGUUGUGAGUGGAUUGUGUUUUGAUAAUUGUCCAAAUGAUAGAGAGCCAUAUGGAGUAAAUCAGUAUGGACCAGUUGUUAAAUACACCACUCAGAAUGUAGAUGGAAAGACAAUCUCUGGAAUAGGUACCCAGCUGUCUCAGUCAGCCUACACCCCAUUACAGCUGCCAUUCACCAUAUUUGGACUGGGACAAACUCCAAACUUUGUUGACAAGAUAGAGGUUGGAAUACCAAACCCGCCUGGAACAAGUAUAAGACAGAAAUCGUGGGCUUCCAUAAUUCCCAACUCCCAGCUGAUUAUUAUUCCAUAUCCUAACAAUACACCAAGCAGUUGGAAGAACAAGCUCUUUGUGACCCCCAGUCGUAUGGUCAUGUUGACCGGGGCUACUUUACUGGGGACCUGUGGUUUUAUUGCUGGACUUGUGGGGAUACUGCACUGGAGAGAAAAGGUUGAAGAUAAAAAAGAGAAAUUGCAAGAGGCACAUAAGUUCCAUUUUGAUGCAAUGUGAAGAAUGAAAGAGAGGAAAUCUAACUUCAGGAAUUGCAUAAUAUGCCUUCAAAUAGGUGGAGCUACCUGUAAAUCUUGUGUCAUCCAAAGGGCAAUCUCAUCUGUGAUAUAAGUGCAAUCUUUCUUUUGAUCUCUGUUCGUUGUUUUGUUAUUUUUUGUUCUAUGUGUUUUUGUUGUGUUUUGUUUUUGUUUUAUUGUGAAAUAAGAAUUCUCUAAAAUACAGCAUUUAUUGUAAUAAUGAUUCAUGAUGCCUUG